GGAGUGAUUCUGUAAGGACUACACCCAGGCGCUGGCCGAAUGCAGUGGCUUCUUUUGCUACUCAAGCUCAGAUUAUAGCGGGGACGUGACAGUGCACGGAGCCGGGGGGUUUCUAUUGGAGACGCUACAAUACCCUGAAAAAACACACAAUUCGGCCGCAACGAGUAUUACUCAAGGAAACGCGUUUCUGAUUUUUUUUAUUUAGAAAAAGUUGUACAUUUUAACCUGAGACGCAAGUAUGUCCUGGCAAGGCUACGUGGAUAACCUGAUGGCCGAUGGCAGCUGCCAGGACUCCGCCAUUGUUGGGUACACGGACGCCAAAUAUGUCUGGGCAGCACAACCCGGCGGCACUUUUAACAAUAUAACGGCCGCAGAGAUUGACCUCCUAGUAGGUAAGGACCGAGAGGGUUUCUUCACCAGCGGCCUGACCUUGGGUCUAAAGAAGUGCUCCGUGAUCAGAGACAGCCUUCCCGUCGAGGGGGACUGGACGAUGGAUAUCCGAACAAAGAGUCAAGGUGGAGAGCCAACAUACAACGUUUCCGUAGGCAGAGCCGACAAAGCGUUGGUUUUAGUCAUGGGAAAAGAAGGUAUCCAUGGAGGGCAACUCAACAAGAAAGCUUUUCAAAUGGCUGACUACCUGCGGAAGGCUGGAUAUUAAGCAGCGUCACCUCCAUCCUCCUAGCAGCUCCAUUGCCCCACCCUCUUGCGUUGGCAGUACUACCUGAUGUAGAUGGUAGAUGCUACUUUUUAUUUUUAUUUUAUUUCUUUUCCCUUCUCCUCCCUUUUUGUGCCCCGCCCUUUUUUCUUUUCUUUUGGUUAAUCCUUGUCCCAAACUUCUGCCUUCAUUUUUAUGCAUUUACACUGUGUACUCAACCCUGUUCUGGCACUACAAUUGCACCAUAGUUAACAGUAAACGUAUUAUUGUGGUAUUGCAAACUGGGGGGGGGGGGGAGGGAGACAAAAAAACACUAAAAAUUGGGCUGAUUUGUAGAUCUGGCCACAGCGUAGUGAACAUACAGAAGCUGUUGGGAAAACUCUAAAGAGGAACCGAUAUUUCACACAAAGGUGCCUGGUAGUACAAUCUGACCAAUGCCGUUUUGAGCGCUUAUCUAGCUCAUUCUGUCUUCCUUUUCUAGCACAUGUCUGGGAGGGGAAUCUGCAUGCAUAUCCUUUAGCUUAUUGAGGUGUCCCUAAGUCGCCCCCCCCCCCCUUUGCCUGUCCCACACGCACAACCUUUAAACUCUGGCCAAAACUUCAAUACCCUUUCCCCAUUUACCAUGCUUUUCCUUCACUGUAGUUCAUACUUCAUUGUAGUUCUAAUGCUUCAUCAUUCAGAGGCCUGUUUCCCAGUACAAACCAUAACACUCCUCCUCCACCUGCCUUCCAACCACUUUUUUUUUUUCUUACCCUUUCCCCCUUUUUGUUUCAGUUGCAGUACCCUGCAUUGAAUGUGUUUUCGCGACUGUACUUGGAUGUAGUCUUACGUUUGAUGGGUGUGGUGUUGGAUUAUUUAGAGAUUAAUGGCGAAUUGGCAUUGUUGAGAUGCAGGUAGGAUUUUUCUCCCAUGACCUCUUCAUGACAUCCCUGACUCGAACAUCACCAUGGACAUUCCAUCGUUACAAUAGCUCAGGCACUUAACUGUUGUUUGCCAGCUCCUGUAAUAUAUUUACUUUUUUUAUUUUCAAAAAAGGCUGCCAUUUUGGACAGUAGAUAUAUCCCAACUCUACCAUCUGGCAUCGUGUCCAGUUUGAUUUAAUAGGACCAAUUUCUAGUUGCAGCUUGGGAAUUUGCAGAAUUGCUCUAAAUCAUUGUAAAGGCGGUCUGGCCAGCUCCAUUGGUUUGCUUGCUGCAGAACACUAAUGUUUAUGACCUUUUCGGGCAACAUGGCGAAAGAUUUGCUGCUGUAAUCAGCGCAGGCUGAUGGAACGGCCGCCUCCUCAUUUCGCAAUUGUUUAAAAUAAAUAUCACCGGUGAAUUGCUGCAUUUGACCCUGUAAACCCAUGCUGUGCAGACAAACUGUGGAAUAAAUUGCCUUGUGCUCGAGUCAUCAUCAUCGAUGUGGUAUCAAAACGGUCUGUCAAAGCAUGGUACUAAAUGUUAUGUCCAGUUAAUAAAAGACAAAAAAAAAAAAAGGAAAAACCCUAAAAAGUAUAGCUAACUGUAACCACAUUUAAGUAUGGGAGAUGGUAUUGGUUGGAAUAAGAACUUGGUUGUCUUGUGGAAACUAUACAGAACCCAUGUAUUCCUGUGCCAUAAUCUUGAUCUGAGUUGAUCUGUUGCUAUUGUGAGAUGGAAAUCGUUGCCCAGAAAGGAGUCAUUUCAAUGGCACUUCCAUAGGAAUAUUUUGGCGUCAGCUCAAAAUGUUCCAGCCUUGUGGAAUAUGUACAGAUUAAAGCAAAUUUUGUUGCCGAUUUAAUGUUCAUUUCUUUCCCUACCCAUUUCUUCCUAAUACCUGGGAUACAAGUCAAACUCCUGAUUUAUUAUACAAAAAAUGCCAUAAAUUGAUAAACCACCUUGUUUACAGACAGAUCAAAUAAAUUUAUUCCAACCAGAA